AUGCAUGAAUUCUCAAAAUCUGUCAACUCAAUGCUUUCAAAAUAUUCUUUCAAUGGAAUCGAUAUAGAUUGGGAAUUCCCAGUGUGGAGUAGAGAUGCAAAGAAGACAGAUCGAGCGCAGUUUGGACCGUUUUUGAGGAUUCUAAAAUCCCACCUCCAACCUUCCGGUCAGAAAUUAUCCGUUGCUGUCUCCGGUCCCCCGACCAUUUCCAGAGUUGCCUAUGACGUGGAUGCUCUUGUUAAAUACGCCGACAUGGUGCAAAUAAUGAAUUACGACUUCCACGUGUUCAACAAGUUCACAAAUCCACUAGUCGGUUUCAAUGCUCCAUUGCAUCCGAUGAGAGUGGAAAUUUCGGUUUUAGGGGAGAUGAACUCGGAAGCCUCGAUGACCACCUGGUUCGACCUGGGUCUUCCCAAAAACAUCUCCUACUUUGGUAUCCCAACAUAUGCCCGUGCCUACCAACUCCUCACUCAUUACCUCCAUAAACCGUAUUCUCCUGCCACCAGAAGUCGUCCCGAACUCACAAAUUAUCCGGAUGUCUGCAUUUUCGCUGAUAGCGGGUAUUAUACAAGUGUAUGGAAUCACAAUGCACAAGCCCCUUAUUUGUAUGGAAAAGACGGUUUGUGGGUAUCCUAUGAAAACGAACGAAGUAUGCUUGCCAAAAUGGCAUUCGCAAGGAAACUCGGAGUAGCCGGGGUGAUGGUUUUCUCUAUCGGAAGUGAUGAUUUCGAAGGAAAAUGUGGAUUCGGGCGGUACCCUUUGUUGACGAAAAUUGCAAAGUUGGCCAAAGAUGAACGAUAA